AUGGAUCAACCUACAAACUACGAUAUCCCACCCAACUUCAACGAAACAUACAAUAAUCUUUGCCAGACGUUGGCAGAGAGGCUAGAUCAGCAGGUUACUGCUCUUACGAGCCCACAGCCCGAUCGGCUCCAGGUUGUUUUGGAGCUAAGGGACCUUGCUACUCUCGCUGGGCAAAUUGGAUAUCUUGGACGGGUUGGAGGCUUGGAUAUUCCUGAUCGUCGUCGAGUUCUACGGAAAUACGGAUACAAGACCCUGGGAGACAUUUGCACUGCGAUCAGCAGCAGCCUGGCCCAACUAGCGGUUAUGCUUGCCGUUGACGAUAGAAACGAUGUUGUUGUGGGGAAUGAGUUGGAGGAACUUGUAAACAGCUUGCCUUUCGAAAAGGUACCGGUAUGA